AUGGCUUCAAAUAGGUUGACUUCAAGUAGUGGCAUCAGCCCAAACAGAGAUAUGAGAUCAAAGUCACAGAAGAUUAUUCGUGAAGAAAUAUAUAUUGAAAAAGCUUCAUUGCCGGUGGGGAAACUUCCUGUUCAAAAAACAAUCAUCGAAGCCAUGAUGUAUCUGCUAAGGGCAGAAAGAGCAAGUCAAGCUCAGCGAUCAGUCACUGAUGCUGCAAGAAUUUUAGCUUACGUCUUAAUAGAGCACUGGAUGUUUUGCAAUAUUUAUACUCAAAGAAUGAAGGCUGUUACUCAAAGUAUUGAAAAACUGUAUAAAGAAUUCAUCAGAAAUGUACAAACUAGAGUUGAGCGUCGGAAUGAGCAAUGGAAGAUAUACAAUCAACGGGUAAAGGUUACCUUGUUUGACAUUUCUGCUAAGGAUGAAAGAAGAAGAAAGAUCUUAGAGAGGGAAACUGGUAUCAAAAUGCUUGAAAUAGAAGAAAAGUUUUUGAAUGAUCAAAGAGGGCCAAGAAUUGGCUAUUGUGAUGAUUUUGUAGACAGACAGUGGUCAAAAACAAUGAAAAGAAAGAAAUUUGAAAUGGAAAUCCAGGAUCGACUGAAACAGAAAGAUAAAUGUGACCAAGAAACAGUUCAGAAAAGAAUAUCUUGGAAUGAUGUCAUUGAUGAUGAGAUGCAAACUGAUGAUUCAGCUGAGAUGGGCACUUCACUUAAUGUAGACAGUGAUGCUGAAUAUGAGCCAGACGAGAAUGAUGAUGGUGAAAAUAACAGGAAGAGAUUCAGGAGACAUGUUUACUAA